GCGACGGUAAUUCAUAUAGUUAAGAGAAUAAAAUCCUAUAUUUUAGACUAGCUAUGAAUUCCAUCUUAAUAUAUUAGUUUAAAAUUAUGCAAUUGUUAUGUAAGUAUAUAUAUUCUAUAGGAAUAAAAACAUGCAUUACCAGCAAAAUUAUGUGGUCAAAAAUGUAUAAUAGUAUUCUUUUACUAAUGCUGACGAAUGUAGAUUUCUCUGCUACAACAUUCAAAGUUUCAUCAAAAAGAUAAAAUUCCGAUGUCAGGUAUAAUUUAAAGUUUUGGGGUAAUAAUAUAAGUCAAAGAAGACAUUUGUGUUGAAUGUUUUUUUUAUCGUGGGGAUUGAUUCAAUGCAUUGUUACAACCUUUUGACUCUUUCUCUUGUUUCAUUUUUAAUUCGUUUUCUGAAUUAUACUUUUUAGACCCUUUCGUCGAUCGAACCUUUUACUUGAGCCCUACUCUAGCUAGUAAUACAUAAGCCAUAGAACAAUCUCUUAAAUUUGAUUACGACAGUUUAAAUAUAUAAAAAGAAGGAAAAAUCGCAUUAUUUAAAACGUGGUCAUAAUGCAAACGUUUGAUUUCGAUGAUUUUUAUUAAUAAAGGAAGCACGUAACCAUAUUUAUUAUUGACUGAUCAAAGAUCCUCCGAUUUCAUCAAGCCUAAUAAAACUCUCGAACACAGAUUCAAUAACAACGUCACCAAACCUCGAGGUUCUUUAAAGAAAGAAGCAUUUGAAGAAAAUCGUAACUUGACCCUAUGCAUCCUGCUGUGUACAAGGUUGGUCUUCAAUAUCUUUCUGGGGAUAUUUCUGGUGGCAAUGCCAGGUGUAUUGCGAUGCUCCAGGCAUUCCAAGAGGUUGUCAAAGAUUAUUCUACACCGCCUGAGAAGACUCUUAACAGGAACAUGGCUGCGAAAAUAAGUAGCUACGUCUCUUUUCUCAGAGAUUGUCGUCCGCUUUCGGUUAGCAUGGAAAACGCAAUCCGGUUUGUGAAAAACAGGAUUGCAAAGCUGCCUAUAACACUUUCUGAAUCUGAAGCAAAAGCUGCUCUUAAGUCAGAUAUCGCACGGUUCAUCAACGAGAAAAUCAUAGGGGCAGAUACGGUGAUAGUCAAACAUGCUGUCACUAAGAUAAGAGACGGUGAUGUCCUUCUGACCUACGGAUCUCCCACUGCUGUUGAGAUGGUAUUAUUACAUGCGCAUGAACUCGGGAAAAAGUUUCGUGUCUUGGUGGUGGAUUCUCGCCCAAAGCUUCAAGGGCAGCUACUGCUUCGUAGAUUGAUCAAACGAGGCAUUAACUGUGCAUACACUCAUAUAAAUGCCAUUUCAUAUAUCAUGCACCAAGUCACCAAAGUGUUUUUGGGCGCCUCAUCAGUUUUCUCUAACGGAACAGUUUACUCUAGGGUUGGGACUGCUUGUGUUGCAAUGGUGGCAACUGCUUUCCGUGUUCCUGUGCUUGUUUGUUGCGAAGCCUACAAGUUCCAUGAGAGGGUACUAUUGGAUUAUUCAAUAUGCUCGUCCAAUGAGCUCGGUGAUCCAAAUGCUAUUUCAAAAGUUCAUGGAAGAGAAGACAUAAACUACUUUGAUGGCUUGACCAACAAUGCAAACCUAAAGUUUUUGAACUUGAUGUAUGAUGCUACACCUUCAGAUUACAUUUCCAUGAUAAUCACAGAUUAUGGCAUGGUACCUCCCACAAGCGUGCCUGUCAUCGUGAGAGAAUGUCAGAAAGAACACAAUUGCUUUGAAAGCCCAAAAAUUGUUAUUUAGAAGAUUAAACGCAUAAAGAUGAAAUGAUAAUUUGAUAUGGAGGAGUAGGACGCAAGAUUGUAAGAAUGGUGGCUGCUCUGUUGGUUGUUACAUCUCAUUCUCUAUCUUAAUUCCAAUUCUGUGUGCUUCUUUCACUUUUUUCCCUAUAGAAUAAUACCAUUCUUGUUUUUUCUCAAUUUUCAAA